CCACACUCUAUCGCCACACGGUUUCAAAACCUCACUCAAAACCUUGCUCACCAAGCGGAAGGCUCCAAACCCGUUUGCGCUUCCUCCUUCCCACACUCGCUAGCUGGUGUGUCCGAGAAUACAACACACACAGACGCACGCCCAUCGCGCCGCCCGGCGGCUCCCGAGAUGGCACGGCACGCCAAGACGGACUCCGACGUGACGAGCCUGGCGCCGUCGUCCCCGCCGCGGUCGCCGCGCCGCCCUUCCUACUACGUGCUCAGCCCCGCCGCCUCCCACCCGGAUGUCGUGGCCUCCGGCGGCGGCAUCGGCGCCGCCGGCGGCGCCACGGCCGAGAAGAUGUCGCUCGCGGGGUCCACCCCGGCCGAGUCCCCGCUCCACUACGGCUUCCACCACUCGGGCGGCGCCGCCGCGACGCACCACUCCCGCGAGUCCUCCACCGGCCGCCUCCUCUUCUCCGACCAGCUCCGCUCGGGCGGGCCCGCGGGGGCCGUGCCCUGGCGCCGCCUCGGCCACGGCAGCGGCGCCGGGAGCGUCGGGGACGACGACGACGACGAGGACGGGGGCCGCGCCGGGUCGCCGUCGCCCUGGCGGUGCUACGCGCUGGCGGCGCUCGCGUUCGUCGCCGUCUUCGCCUUCUUCCUGCUGGUGCUCUGGGGCGCCAGCAAGUCCUACAAGCCACACGUCGAGGUCAAGAGCGUGGUGUUCGAGUCGUACCACAUCCAGGGCGGCACGGACCGGACGGGCGUCCCUACCAGGAUGAUGUCCGUCAACGCCACGGUCAGGCUGCGGUUCCGCAACCGGGGCACCUUCUUCGGCCUCCACGUCACCGCCACGCCCUUCCACCUCUACUUCGACGACCUCACCGUCGCCGCCGGAAACAUGAAGGAGUUCUACCAGGCACGGCGGAGCGGCCGCGUGGUGACGGUGUCCGUGGUGGGGAGGCAGGUCCCGCUCUACGGCGCCGGCGCCGACCUGCACAGCAAGCCCAACAACGGCCGCCUCGGCCCCGCCGUCGUGCCCGUCAGGCUCGCCUUCCUGCUCCGCGCGCGCGCGCACAUCCUCGGCGCCCUCCUCCGCUCCAAGUUCUACCGCCGCGUCGGCUGCCGCCUCGACGUGCGCGAGGCACACCUCGGCAGGCCCGUGCGCGGCGUCGCCGCCGACUGCGAGUACCACGACGGGAGGUGACAUGCGGGUCUCACUGUGUAGACCCUACUGUGCUGGGUGGCGUGGAUUGAACUGAUGAUUGAUUAGGCGUGAGUUCGUGUGUGUUGACUGAACUAAUGAUUGAAUUAGCAGCAUGCAGUAGUACUAGCAGCAGCAUUCUUAAAAUGGAGCAAGAUCACACUCUGAUUUUCUG